GGGAGAGGAAGCUUUGAAGCACAGACAGAAGGGGGAAGGCGACAACGACAACGACGACGAAUCAUGGCAGAGGGCGAGGAUGGCAGGAGGACACCGUCGACGCCACCUGUCCCUACCUCUUUCCCUCUGCUAGACAAUGAGGCCCCUCUGGACUUAUCUUCAGCAGCCUUUGCCUCUUCGUCUGCGUCAGCAGGCAGCGGACCGACGGCCUCCUUCGACGUCGAUGCGUUCCUCGUCUCGCACGCCUCGUCCGGCACCUCGCUGGCAUCUCUGACGGCACGUCUCUCGCAGCACGCGGUCCAGCUCCAGACUCGGCUCGAGGACGUCGUCGAGAGCGACUUUCGCGGCUUUGUCAAUCUCGGCUCGGCGCUCAAGGCUGAAGGUCCGCGAAUCGCCCGGCUGGACUGGAAGGUCGCCCGUGCCCCCGCUGCCCCUGCUGAAGAUGACGAAACAGGGGCUACAAGGAAGGCUUCUGUUGGAGAAGGGGCCAUUGAGCCACACGAUCGUGUGGGCAGUAAUCUCGGGCUCGAUCUCGUCAGGGAGGAUGUCGUGCAUGCGCGCGACCGGCUGAGGGCGGCCGAGGCAGAAGUGACAGAGGUCAUGAAGAGGCGAGAGGCGGUCAGGGACAAGAGAGCGUCUUUGGAGCUGCUGGUUGGAUUGGGAGAGUCGCUGGCGCGGCUGGAGAAUCUCCUAGAUAUGGAGCAGAGGGACGCUCCAAGGCAAAGACGAGCGGAACGAAGAAGGUCGAGAGCGAGAAGCCGGGGCGAUGAGGCCGACGAAGAGGCAAAGAAAGAAGAGUCACACGGGCAAAGAGAACAAGGAAGCGAUGAAGAGAUCAGCGAGCCGCAGCAGAGCGCAAGAUAUUGGCAGUCGUUCCAGGCCAUUAAUGACGAGCUCAACGGAGGUCUGGCAGUGGUCUCAGACGAUGAAGACUCAGAAGCGGAUGAGCAGGACUCGGACGAAGGAUACGCUGCUGGAAGCACAGUCAACGGAAAGGUUCGACGUCCAAGCCUUGCGAGAAAUUUGUCAAGCAACGAUGCCAAGCCCCACCGCAGGCGGUCUUCCGCGCUGCUCUCGGGUUCUCGCGGAGCAGCUGCCAUCGGGCGCGACCUGCAUUCGUAUGGAAGCACCACAAUCUCAGGAGAUGGAAGCCAAUCUUACGAGAACGGGAUCUCGGACCUAUCACAACAGGCCAGCUCCACGACCUUGCCAACUCGCAUCGCCCGUGCCUCGUCUGAAUACAAUGCGCUGAUGUUUCUCCGCCAACGUGCUGUCGAGCAACACCUCGUUGGCUUUGUCGAAGCGCACGAAUUACGGCUACAGAGAGCGAAAGAUUGCCUGAAGGAGUAUCUCGCCAAGCUCGUCAGUCUCCUAACGGAAUUCCAAGGAUCUUCCUUGCUUGUUCCUCCAGCUCAUGAAGAAAACAGCGAAGACACCAACGCGUUGUUGCGGUCAUGGAGCCACGCGCAGAACAAGGAGGAACGGAAGAAAGAGCAGGAGUCUUGGCUAGAGCUGGCACUGUCGACGUGGAGCAAGUUGGGUGCUGCGAGAGAGGCAGAGGAAGCGAUCCGAGCCUCACUCUUCGACCCUUGGGCGAACGAGACGAUACAUGCCGGUGUGCUCUCAGAUGCCUCUGCUAAUGGUGUUGUGGGGAAUGGCAUUGGCGCCGAAGACGGAGCCCGUUUCCAGGAUGCCAUGGCUCGCCUAGAGGACUUUGACGGCCAGACUCAAAGAAGGGCAUCCAGCCUGAUCAAUCUCUACCGGCGCAUCUUGGCUUUUGUGGCUGGUACAGGCAGCACCGUCAGUCAAGUCGCAGAGAAGGUGCUCCUCGGAUCGCCACAUCCGGUACCUUCAACUGCAUCCACCUCGCAAAUGCUGGAGAAGGAAGAUAGGCCUUGCGACAUCUAUGUCAAUGUCGUCUGCGACAGCAUCUGUACGCGUCUGAUGGACGAGCUCGGGGGACAACUCUUCUUCGUUGGGCGACCCGAAGUAUUCCAUCGAAACUUCAAGGCGACAUCUUUGUUCCUGGCCUCAUUGGAGCGUUUGGCGCCCUCGAAACGAGCCGCGGCAGCCUUUCGAAGUAGUCCGGUCAACUUGGCGUUACAGAAGCGAUGGCAAUUGCCCGUCUAUUUCCAGAUGCGCUUGCGAGACGUCGUAUCACGUCUAGAGAGUCGUCUAGCGGCAUCAUCGGGACCAAAUAACUUUGGUGUCCCGACUGCGAUUGGGGACGAUGAGAUCGAGGCAGCGUCACACGAUCCACCAAGGAUGAUUGCCACAGCCGCUACAUUAACAGCAUUCGUGGCGCCGUGGAGAGAAGAAAGCCACAUUCACGAACUAGUACCAAGGCAGUGGAGGUUAAGUUUACAGGUUCUGAGUCGAUACAAGGCCUGGCUUUACGACGAGGAGCUUCCAUCCGAUCUCAUGGCCCAGCAUUCCGCUGCUUUAAUGUCCCUGAACAAGUCUUCGUCGAGGGGCCAUUCGCGGACAGGAAGUGCCGGCGGAUAUUCGACGCCACCACCCAGCACUGUCAUCAGUUCUCCAGUCAGGUCGGGCACGCCGACUGUCGGUGUCGACGUCGAGAGCCAAACGGCGCAUGAUGAUGCCGCGCUCAAGACGCUCACGAUUGUGGCAGCCGAUGCAGCAUGGCUGCAAAAUCGAGUCGAGUCGGCCUUUGAGAAAGUGAUUGUUCCAAAAAUCACUGCCGUCGACGGGGAAGGUUGCCAGGAUCGCGACGAACGAGCUUCGGCCGUGAUUGAGCACCUCGGAAAAACGCUCGACGGGUCCUUCCAGCUCCGUCGGGCUCUCGUUCCUCUGCUCGGAAGUCGAGUUCAAGCGAUUCUCAAGACAAGAUGCGCAGAGCCGCUACGAUUGGUCCGGUCUGUCUCGACGCAGUACCGGGGAGGAAAUGCACCCUCCUCCUCGACGGAGCCGUCCUAUUUUGUCGGACAAUUCUUGCGACCUCUGAGGAUGUACCUCGGUAGAGCCGAGCGCAACACGCAUCAGCACCAGCACAACCAGCAACAACAACAGAGGCCAGCCAAGACGGCGGCACAGGAACUGAACACCGAGACCAGGAGUCUGUGGGCUCAGAUCGUCGUGGAAGACUUUCUCGAGAGGUACACCCAAAGCCUGUACACCAUGAACAAGAACUUCGAGUCGUUGAGACGGCUCAAACGGCCGGGUGCUGGGGGAGGCGGGGGUGGAGGAGGGGGCAUCAUGAGUGGUCUCUUCGGCGGGGGAACAAAGGGAGCAGGCCAAUCGAACAACGAUGCAGAGGCAGAGCGCAUGUAUCGGCAAAUGUCGACCGACGUCGACUGGCUUGCUUCUGACGUAGAGGAGUGGGCUCUACCGCUCGAACAGGGUGGCGUCGAUACGAGGAUCGAUACCUCGUCAGUCAGCUGGCAGAGGCUCAAAGAGGCGGCAAAGGGCGCAACUGGUGACUAGACCGGGCAAUGACAAUGUGUUGAAAGGAAUGUUGCAAGAUUUGCUGCUUGAUUCUCUCUGAAGAGAAAAUGACUAC